CUUGAAUAUGUGACUCACUCUCCCAGACUCAGGGCCAGGAUGGCGGCUUGUCCUAUGUUGUAUGAUUUCCCCAAGGAUUUCCCGCUCGGAUAAUGCAUGAGGCAUUGCUCAAGAUCCUCUUGUGGGCGCUGCGCUUCAGUGUGUGAACUAGAGAAGUCGUGAACUACUAUACGACUAUACUACGCGGUGCCUUUCGAGCUUUUCGGAAAGUUUAAAACGAGGAACUUGGUCCCCAAAACGGUAGCGUACUUUCUUUCACUGUUUCCUCGGGUGGUGUAUUACGUGCAAAAGCCAUCAUGGGUAAGCGACAGCAUCAGAAAGACAAAAUGUAUCUGACCACCACUGAGUGGACAGACCUGUACGGUGGUCGGAAAAAGCGCGUCGACGUAAAUUCUGAAUUUAAGCGGUUACCUUUCGAUCAUUGCGCCCUGUCCUUGCAACCUUUUACGCACCCCCUGUGCACCCUGGAUGGCGCUAUUUAUGACCUGGAAAACAUCGUGCCGUUCCUAAAAAAGUUUGGAGUGGAUCCUGCGACAGGAAAACCACUCGAUGCAAAGUCGCUCGUUCGACUUAACUGGACCCGCAACAGCGAGGGAGAAUAUCACUGCCCCGUCUUGUACAAGGUGUUUACCGAGAACAGUCACAUUGUUGCCAUUCGCACGACGGGCAAUGUGUUUUCUUACGAAGCAGUGGAGCAGCUCAACAUACGGGCAAAGAACUGGAAAGAUCUCCUCAAUGACGAACCUUUCACAAGAACAGACAUCAUCACACUACAGGACCCUGCCAACCUGGACAAGUUCAACCUGGCAAAGUUUCACCAUCUGAAGAACAAUCUCAGAGUGAUAGAUCCCGAAGAGGAGCGAAUGAAGUCGGAUCCUAAGUACACCUUACGGGUGCUUAGCACAGAGACCAAAGCUACCCUGUCCGCACUUGAGAAUGAGUACACUGCACCUGUCAGAGAGGGAAAACAGCUGGUCAGACAUGCAGACAAAACAAAUGCUGCACAUUAUUCAACAGGUGCAGUUGCUGCAGCAUCGACUUCGACAGUGAUGAUGCCUGAAACGACGCAUGAGCCUGCUAUCCUGUCAGAAGAUGUUGUUCGUUACGCUCUUGUCAAGAAGAAAGGCUAUGUGCAGCUUGUGACCACGCACGGUAACCUCAAUCUUGAGUUGUACUGUAAUGUUGUGCCCAAGACGUGCGAUAACUUCAUCCGCCUGUGCCAGAAAGGCUACUACAAAGGAACUAAGUUCCAUCGGUCCAUCCGUAAUUUCAUCCUCCAGGGUGGCGAUCCUACUGGGACAGGAAAAGGAGGAGAGUCUGUUUGGGGAAAGCCUUUCAAGGACGAAAUUAAACCAAACUUGGUGCAUCAGGGUAGAGGGGUGCUCAGCAUGGCAAAUGAAGGGCCCAAUACCAACGGGUCACAGUUCUUCAUCACCUAUCGCUCCUGCCGUCAUCUUGAUUCCAAGCACACCAUUUUUGGCAAGCUGGUCGGAGGGCUGGAAGCGCUUACAACCAUUGAAGCCAUCGAGACUGACAACAAGGACCGUCCCAUCGAGGAUGUCUUCAUUCGCGAUACGCUUGUAUUUGUGGAUCCAUUUCAAGAGGUGGACACGCAGCUGGAAAAAGAGAGGCAACAGCAGCCUGUGGAAGAACCAGUUGCGAAGCCUCAGCAACCUCUGAAAGAGUUCCACUCUGGCAUUGGAAAGUACAUUGAUCUAGCAUUGUGCAAGAAAAAGCCUGCUGGGGAACCAGUAAACAAGAAGCAAAAGUUGGUGCCAGGGAUGCAGUUCAAGGAUUUCAGUGCAUGGUGAUGACUGCACUACAGCUGUUGGACAAAGUGAAGUUGCUUUCUGUUGGUGUACCUGCAUACCAAUAUUGUAUGAAACAUCAAUAACAUACCGUUGUUUUAAAGGGGCCUUGACACAAGCAUUUAUUUGCAAGAAAGCGAUGGGGGCCGGCCAGAACAACCAGCCAUUUGCCGAGCAGACCGCAAUCAAGGACAACACAGACACCUAGAAAUUUUUCAGGCUUGGGCUGGGACAGAUAUAUAUAGAGAGAGAGCUGUCGGGCUGGGCCCGGGCGGGUAAAUCAGAAGGAGGCCGGGCUUGAGCCGGGCCUAAAAAUGUGGUCCGUGCUGUGCUCUAAUAUAGAUAUACUGACUGCACAUCGGAACUGAACGCGUAAAAAUUAUGAAAUAAAAUACGGGGGUACUUUUCUGUUGAAAUUGAAGUUCA